AUGAAAGAUGGACCACUUCAUGUACUCAUGUUUCCGUGGCUGGCACAGGGCCACAUCUCUCCUUUUCUGGAGUUAUCAAAGAGACUUGCAGAUCACGGAUUGAAGGUCUCCUUUCUCUCCACCCCCGGCAAUAUUUCAAAGAUAAAGUCCUCGCUGCAUGAAAAGUGGGCAGGCAAGAUCGAUAUGGAGGAGCUGCCGCUGCCCCCUGUUGAGGGUCUGCCUCCUGAUGCCGACAACACGGCCGAUAUUCCCAUGGAAAUGGCAGAUCUGUUGAAGAUAGCUCUUGACGGCCUCCAGAUACCCUUUGAGCACCUUCUGUCGCGGAUUCAACCGGACUAUAUAAUUCAUGAUUUUUCACAGCACUGGGCUGCCACUGUAGCCGCCAAGUUUGGUAUACCGGCCGUUUUUUUCUUUAUCUUCGGUGCCUCAGCCAUUGGUUACGCUGUAGCGCCAAGCAGAUUCAAGGCUGCAGAAACCACUCCAUGGUGUCGAUAUUUGAAAUCUAUUCAAGCGUGUAAGCUUAUGCUCGUCAGAUCAUGCUUUGAGUUGGAGGGCAAGUAUAUUCAUUAUCUGGAGGCGGAGCACAAAAAGCGUGUCAUUCCUGUCGGUCUUCUUCUAACAGAGACUUUCCCGACGAGCGAUCAGGACGAGUGUGUGAAAUGGCUGGACAAUUAUCCGCCGAGUUCUGUUGUUUACGUGUCGUUUGGGAGCGAGUGUUUUCUAUCAAAGGAGCAGGUUGCUGAACUGGCAAAGGGGCUGGAGGAGAGCCAUGUCCCAUUUUUGUGGGUUCUGCGCUCCCCUCGCUACAACAAUGAUUCAUCGUCAUCAGCAGAAGAGAGAGCGAGGGCGUUACUGCCCGAGGGAUUUGAGGAACGCACGAGGGAGAGGGGUGUGGUGUAUUGCAAGUGGGCUCCGCAGCAGCAGAUUCUAUGCCAUCCUUCGACUGGAGGGUUUGUGAGCCACUGCGGGUCGAGCUCUGUUUUGGAAGCGGUGAGAUUUGGGGUGAGGAUUAUAGCGCUGCCGAUGCAUAUUGAUCAGGGACUCGACGCGCGGCUGGUGGCCGAGGAACUCCGUAUUGGCAUGGAGAUUGGGAGAGAAGAAGAUGGGAGUUUCAAAGCGGAAAAAAUUAGGAGGUGUGUAAAGGAAGUUAUGGUGGAAGAAGAGGGACGACGUGUGGAGGAGAGUAUAUAUAAACUCAGAGAGAGGUUGUUUUGGGGGAAGGGAAUGCAAGAGAGCUACAUACGCGAAUUUAUCAAGCAACUUCUUUAGUUACCACCUGAAGGUUUUUAGCGUUCUGGUUAAAUUCCAUGUUAUGUUCAA